AUGAACAUUAGCAUUACUUGCGAUGAAUUGAUGGUCGGAAGGAUGUUGAACGAUUUUCCUUUCGUCGUCGUCGUCGUCGUCGCCACCGCCGAACCAUUAAUUUCCGCUUGUAACAGCUUCACACGUCGAAUGAAUCAACAACAAUGUGGAAAAGAUGUGAAAUGUGUCUGCGUCUUCCAUCAUCCCUUUUCAUUGCUAGAAGCUUAA